CCAUCCAAGAAAGAUGGUAGAAGAUCCGAUCCGAUGGGAUUCGGGCAUACUGGUCAUCCACCGUCACCAAGAGGAAUUUCGGUCUCGACGAUGUAACUGUAACGUGUAAAUAACCACUUUGAUUUUGUUUCUUAGUGAAGGAAUAAAAUCUCUCUCGCUCUCGUUUGUGCACAGAUAAUUGAAACCCUAGAAACCUGGAAAAAGGACGAGCAUGAAGGACGAUCUCCCUGGCAAAGGAGGGGGCUUCCCUGUAGAUCCAAAUCUACCGAGAUGGGUCUGCCAGAACUGUCGCCACGCUCUCUGCAUUGUAGGCGUCGACUCUUAUGCAGACAAAUUCUUCAACGAUCCAUCUUCUCGAUCUGGCAUGCAGGGUUCUUCAGUCCAUGGAGCGGGCAGUGUGUUAGGUUCAACCAAGAUGGACCAUUCAUUUAUUGUGCUGCCAAAGCAAAGGAGCAAUGCACCAGGGGUCCCUCCUCGUCCUCGUGGUGGACCUACACAGCCUGAUGCCAGUCAGUGUGGGAAAGCAAUGGAAGAAUCAUUUGUGGUUUUGCCACCUGCAGCUGCUUCCAUGUACAAGUGUGAGUCUGCUUCUGAUGGAGGUGGGACCUAUUUACCAUCUCCAGGGGGAGGCCCUAAUAACCCUUUGCAGCCAAACAAUGCUGGGUUCCACUCAACUAUAACUGUCCUGAAGCGUGCAUUUGAAAUUGCCACCACUCAAACACAGGUUGAGCAGCCUUUGUGUCUGGAGUGCAUGCGUGUGUUAUCUGAUAAACUUGACAAAGAGGUUGAAGAUGUAAAUAGGGAUAUUAAAGCAUAUGAAGCCUGCCUUCAACGCCUUGAGGGGGAGACACGUGAUGUUCUAAGUGAGGCUGAUUUUCUUAGAGAGAAAUCAAAGGUUGAAGAAGAAGAGCGACGACUUGAAGCAGCAAUAGCAGAAACUGAGAAACAAUGUUCAGAAGUAAAUGCUGAACUGAAGGAUUUGGAAUUAAAAUCCAAACGCUUUAAAGAACGGGAGGAACGGUACUGGCAUGAGUUCAAUAAUUUUCAGUUUCAGUUAACUUCGCAUCAGGAAGAGAGAGAUGCAAUUUUGGCUAAGAUUGAAGUUUCACAAGCACAUUUGGAAUUGUUGAAACGCACCAAUGUGCUUAAUGAUGCCUUUCCUAUCUGGCAUGAUGGAGAAUUUGGAACAAUCAACAAUUUCCGUCUUGGCCGUCUUCCCAAAAUACCGGUUGAGUGGGAUGAGAUAAAUGCUGCUUGGGGUCAAGCAUGCCUUCUUCUCCACACAAUGGCUCAGUAUUUCCGGCCAAAGUUCCAAUAUCGAAUAAAAAUUCUUCCUAUGGGAAGUUAUCCUCGAAUUAUGGACAGCAACAACAAUACGUAUGAGCUGUUUGGUCCAGUUAACUUAUUUUGGAGCACUCGCUAUGACAAAGCAAUGACUCUGUUCCUGACAUGCCUCAAAGACUUUGCUGAGUUUGCAAAUUCCAAGGACCAAGAAAACAAUAUACCAACAGAAAAGUGUUUCAAGCUCCCUUACAAGAUUGAGAACGACAGAGUGGAGAACUACACAAUCACACAAAGCUUCAACAAGCAGGAGAAUUGGACUAAGGCUCUCAAGUAUACCCUCUGCAAUCUGAAAUGGGCUUUGUAUUGGUUUGUUGGGAAUACAAAUUUUCAGCCUCUUUCUGCCAUUGUCUCUUCCCAUGCUGAAGUUCCGGCAAUGGGUUCUUUGUACAGUAAGCAUGCUACAGACUCCAAGUCUGAAUCUCGAAACUUGUCCAACCCAUGAUACAAUGACAUGCUGCCCUUGUCCAUACCAACAUGUACAUAGACAUAAGCAUSCAAAUCCUUUUGUUUAGUUUGUAAUUAUGUAUGAAAAUAUUUGCAAGUUUCUCUAUUGUAUUACCUUGGUGAUCAAUUGCAACAACAAAAUCUCUACGAAAA